AUGGCUUCCAGCAGUGCCGGUAAGUCAACAAACCUUUAUAAUGGCGUGCCCACCACACGCACCUCUCCUCUCUGGGCCGACCCCUUAUGUGGGGAGCUCCAAAUUUUAUUGCUCAAAGCAACUGGCAAGAAUACUCUACCAUCAAACCCUUUCGUUGUUUCCAAAACCAUCCAAGCUGUUACGGAUCGCGAUUUCAAGGACGCGAGACCACAGCGCGAUGAGAACAAUAAUUUGCAAUACGUGAUCCAUAUUCGUAACAAGGAAUAUGUAGAUGCGCUCCUGGGUAUUAAGUCAUUAAUUGACAAAACCCCUGUGGAGAUAACUUAUCACCCUACCUUGAACCAGCGCAAAUGCGUGGUAUCCUGUAGGGAUGUGAUUGAUAUGGCAGAAGCUGUACUUUUAAAAGAGCUUGCUGACCAAAGAGUUAUUGCGAUCAAAAGAAUUUCCCGUAUGGACCCAACUAAGAAGGAAUUAAUUCCAACUCCAACCCUGAUUUUGACCAUCAGAGGUACUGUAAUCCCGGAAUAUAUUAACUUUGGCUUUAUCCGCGCCCCCACGCGAAAUUUUUAUCCGAAUCCUAUGCAGUGCUUCGGCUGCUACAAAUUCGGACAUACUUCAAAAAAAUGUAGAACCAAGAUCCAAUUAUGCCGAAACUGUGGACAACCACACCCAGAACUAGGCAAUGAAGAAACAGCCAAGAACUUCAUUUGCAACGCUCCUGCCUUCUGUGUAAAUUGCAGUGGCAACCACCCUUCUACGAAUAGAAAAUGCCCCGCAUGGGUUGCAGAGAACAAUAUUACCAAAGUGAGGGUAGACCAAGGAAUAUCGUACAAGGAAGCCAAACAAAGCUACCAGACCAAAGUAAAUGGAUCCUCGUUCGCAAGCAAAGUCCAAGAGAGACUUAACUUUAUCAAAAGCACGGGAUGCAAUCGCUGUAAGUGCAACUGCACGCAGCCCAACCCUACCCCAAUCAUCCAAACGGUUUCCACACCGAUAGUUAACCAGCCAGACACUGAAUAUACCAUCUCCACUUCCGAUUCCAGAAACUGA